CAGAAACAUAUUGGUUACUGUAAUAUGUGAAACAUCGAGAAUUCCCUUGGUCAUUACUUCAUAGAACGUGCUGACGAUGCAAUGAUGAUAUAACCCAUGACGCAAUAUUUACGACGCUCGCAUCUCCACCUUUACCAGUAUAUCAUGAUCUCCAACCAUUCCCCCGUCACCAAUUCUCAUCAAUCUUCACACACCUCCUAUCAUGGCAGAGCAAGAUAUCUACGGCGGUAAACUCGCCAAUCAUUCUCCCUCCCUCCCAAGAGGCACAUUCACCGGCUCCGGUGCCGAGCAAGACAUUUACGCCGACAAACUAGCCGGUCACACGCCCUCUCUUCCCCACGGGGCAUUCACCGGGUCCGGGGCCGAACAAGACGUCUACGGCAGUAAAUUCGCCGACCCCUCUCUCCCCAGACCUUCGUUCGCUGGAUCUGGCGCCGAGCAGGAUAUCUAUGGCAGUAAGUUUGCCGGGCACUCUCCGUCUCUGCCUCGGGCUAGUUUCGGGACAUCUGGCGCCGAACAAGAUGUCUACGGCUCGCAUUUCAACCGCACCGCGUAUCAAGGUCUAGGCACUAGCGUGCUGGGACUACUGCACUCCGCAGUCCUGCCGUCUUUUAGUCUACACGCUGGACUUUCCACGGUAGCGUAUGGACUUUCGCGGUAUGCGGAUAGAAUUGAGGGGAAGGAUGUUCUCUGGGCUUCUGGAAUGACGCUGAAUGCUUGGUGGAGCGCUAUUGGCUCCAAGUAUGUUUACGACAACGUUGCGCCUCUUGAUGCGUGGAACAGUCUCGGCUAUUCGCAGAAACUUCUUCUCGCUGGUGUUACGGCUUGGGGAGUGAGACUCACUUCACGCGUUGUGUCGCGAAGCUUGAAGCGUGGCAAGGAUGAUCCUCGGUAUGACGCUAAGAAGAAGGAUCCUGGGUUCUGGAACAAAGCGCUCUUUACCACUUUCUUGCCCGAGGCUGUUGCGCAGACUAUCAUUUCGCUUCCAUUCACAAUUCCUUUCCGAGAUGUGGCCGAGAGUGCCGUCGCUUCGCCUUUUACUUCUAACGGAUUUGUCUUCCAUUCUCUAGCCGUCUUCUUGUUCACCACCGGUUUCGCUCUUGAGACCUUGGCCGAUGCUCAGCUCGAGUCCUUCAAGAAGGAUGACACCGCUCAAGGUAUCAACAGGGAAGGCGUCUGGAGCAUUGUUCGACACCCCAAUUAUCUUGGCGACACCCUAAUCCACGCCUCGUUCCCCAUUCUUCUCCUUGGCGCCGGCAUUCUCCACCCCAUCGCUGCUGUCGGCCCAAUCGCCAACUACCUAUUCCUGCGUUACAUCGGGGGUGAUAGAGAGAAUGAAGAGAGUCAAGCUGAGCGAUAUUCCAAGAACGAUGCUAUAAAGGCACAGGAGUUUGAAGAGUACCGCCAGCAGAAGAACAGCUUCUGGCCCAAGCUGGAGGAGUUGAAGAACGGCUGGACGCUUGGAGUGUUGGGGGUUGGUGUCGCUGGUGUUGUUCUUGAGAGAGGACUUCGAAACACGAUUUGAGAGCGGGUAUGGUCGGAUGUAUUGUCGAAAAAUCGUUGAAGAUCAAGAAGCGUUGUACAUUUCACAUGUGAACAACUUAGUCCUCCAAUCUGAGCUAAUAACUAAAGUCAACCCUCUGUCGCAUUAACUGCUCGGCCGAUAUAAACGUGUCGAUGAUGCGUGUGUCACUACGGAGACCACCAGGCGAUUUGAGUCGUGUAAAUAUUAAAUCUCCUGACCUGGACAUUAAAAUUAUCGAUUUCCUCUG